GAGAGAGAGAGAGGGUGAGAGAGUUUGAGUCUGUCGCGAGUUCAGACCCAAUCGCCGCGGCAUCUUCAUCAGAAUGUAUUAUUAGACUACUGCAAGCGGGUGAAGAAACUCCACUUACAAAGAGGCUGUGCGUCCUUGGGACUUGGUGAUCUUUAAAACGUGUUUUUAGUUUAGCAUUUGUUUACAUGAAUAAAUAAAGUGGCAAAAGUGCAAAGUAGAGACAACUCUUUCCAGGAUCCUUCCAAAAAGAGCCAUGGAUUAUAUAGGAAGACACAUUUUUAUUAAUAUUGCGCUCAGUGUUUUGAUAGCUGGCAGCUCCAGUCAUGCUCUACUGGACAUGUCCCUGGAGGAGAGCUUCAUGUUUCCCCAUCACUUGAGUCCUAAGGACAAGAGCCAAGCUACCUCUUGUGAUUUUGAAUCGCCUUGCUCUUGGACCUUCUCCAAUCACAGUGUCAGAAAUGACUGGAGGGCCAUGUCACCACAGCAACAAAGAUCCAGCACACAGGCCAUGAAGCCAGUCAGCGACCAUUCAGAGGGGAACUCUGACGGUCACUUCCUGCUUUUGAGUCCCUCCGCUUCCUCCAGGGCGUCUAGGAAAUGUGAAUACUACAUCACUAGUCCAGUGGUCUACAGUAGUGGCCCACUGUGCCAUCUGCAGCUGGCCCGCUUUGAGCUGGGGCCCACCGCUGGAAACCUCUCAGUCUUAGUGAAACCAGUCGAGUCAGCGUCUGUCAUCAGCACAACAGCUCUCAGUGGCAGAGACCAAGAUGGCACCAGGGCCCAGUGGGAGGUGCUGGAGGCGGUUAUUGGAGAGGUGGAUGAGCCCUUCCAGGUGACCCUACUCUACUCCACCUGCCUGGGGAAGGAACAGGCUUCUCUGGCCCUCGACUCCUUGGACCUCAGAGACUGUGACAUGGGUCACCAUGACUUAGAGCUAGGCACAGACUGUGACGAGAGCAAGUCUUUCCACUGUGACUUGGGCAGCUGCAUUGACAAGACUAGUGUGUGUGACUUCCACGGUGACUGCCCCCUAGGGGAAGAUGAGGGAUUUAUCUGUGAUUCUCUGCCCUAUGGAGCCCACUGUUCCUUUGAGCCUGGGUCCUGUGGCUGGUCAACGUCCAAUGAACUGUCUUCUUGGAGGAGGGUCAGUGGGGAGGAACUGGAAGACAGUGAAGACAUGCUGGGGACAGCUCUGCAAAAUACACAAGGGCACUUCCUGUUCCUGGCCGUGAGAAGGAGUAGUUCCAGUCAUGAGGUGUCUGUCCGGAGUUACUCCUUCCCACAACCGGUCUCUACCACAGCCUGUCAGUUGCAUUUCUCCCUGUAUCUCUAUGGGGAGUUUAAUGGCACCGUGCUGUUGUCACUAGAGGAAAAUAGUACUACCUUGUCCCGGUUGGUGUGGGAGAGGUCUGGACAGUGGAAAGAUAACUGGCAGGACAUCACUCUACAGCUACCUGCCCUCCUCAGUGGGUUCCACCUCAAGGUGAAGGCUCUGUGGGGACCAGGCUCCAAGGCUGACAUCGCCCUAGAUGACAUCACCCUGGGGGCAGCAUGCUUUGACACAGAUCUCAACUCCCUGCUGCUCGGACACAGAUUCUUCCAUGAAAUGGACUCCAUCAGUGAGCUAGAUUUCCUCAGCCCCCUUCCAGAGCCCUCUGCCUCAGAGGUGUCCCUGAUGACCUGGUGGUUCACAUCCUGUGGGGCCAGUGGCCCCCGAGGCCCCACCCAGGCCCAGUGUGACAGCGCGUACCGCAACACCAACUUCAAUGUCACUGUUGGUAAGGACGGCCCAUUCAAAGGAGUGCAGACCUGGAGGGUACCAGCCACCAACAGAUACAUGAUCUCAGCCUAUGGAGCCGCAGGUGGCAAAGGAGCAAAGAACCACAACAAGCGCUCCCACGGGGUCUUCAUCUCAGCUAUCUUCCCUCUUGAGAAGGGAGACAUCAUGUAUAUACUGGUGGGACAUCAGGGGGAGGAUGCCUGUCCAGGGAGAAAUCCCCUGACACAGAAGAUCUGCCUGGGGGAAUCGUCGGUGAUAGAAGAUGAGUUGACUGGUGAAGAGUGGGCAGGAGGAGGAGGGGGAGGCGGAGGAGCCACCUAUAUCUACAAGAUGGAGGGUGGGGUGCUGGUGCCUCUACUGAUAGCGGCUGGUGGUGGAGGGAAGGCCUACCUGGAGGACCCAGAGAGCAGCUUGGACCAGAUCCCUCUGGAGCAGUAUGAGAACGACACAGUGGCCUCCAGCUCCAAUGGCAAGACUGGAGCAGCAGGGGGAGGUGGAGGCUGGAAGGACUCCUCCAGCCACCUGUGGGCAGGGAAGUCUCUCCUGGAGGGAGCAGAGGGGGGUUCUUCCUGCCCCCAAGCCUUAUCCAAACUGUCCUGGGCCACCUUCGGGGGGUUUGGAGGGGGAGGGGGAGCCUGCACUGCUGGAGGAGGAGGAGGCGGAUACAGAGGUGGCGAUGCUGCGCUGAUUGAUGACAUCACAGCGGGCGGUCAUGAUGGCAUCUCCUUUGUUAAUCCCAUGGGGGAAAUAUUUCUCCAUCCGCUGGCAGCCAUGGAGAGCCAUGGAGAAUGUGAGAUCAAGGUGCAGCUCAACUGCGGUCACUGCCAGACCCAGAGCUGCAAAUGGGACGAGGACACUCAACUCAUCAUCUGCCUCUGUCACAACGAGGAGGUACUGGCCAGUGACAACGUCACCUGCACAGCAGCCCAUCAGGGCCUCGCUCCAGAAGGCCAGCUGUCCUUGUCCCUCAUCCUAGCUGUGGUGGCAACCAUCGUGGUGACGGUCAUCGUCCUGACCUGCGCCAGCCUCACCCUCAUAUACUACCGUAAGAAGAACCAGUUGCACGCGGUCAGGCUGCGUCUCCAGAGCCCAGAAUACAAGCUGAGUAAGAUCCGGUCAUCCACCAUCAUGACAGAUUACAACCCAAACUACUGCUUUGCUGGCAAGGCUGCUUCGCUGAGUGAGCUGAAUGAAGUACCACGCAAGAACAUCACCCUCCUCAGGGCAUUGGGCCAUGGAGCAUUUGGGGAGGUGUAUGAAGGCCAGGUUCUCGGGAUGAAUGGAGAGAACACAGCCAUGCAAGUGGCCAUAAAGACUCUUCCGGAGAUCUGCUCCGAACAGGACGAAAUGGAUUUCCUGAUGGAGGCGCUGAUUAUGAGUAAGUUCAGCCACCAGAACAUAGUGCGCUGCAUCGGGGUGAGUCUGCAGAUCCUGCCCCGCUGUAUCCUCCUGGAGCUGAUGACUGGAGGCGAUAUGAAGAGCUUCCUGAGACAGAACCGACCCAAAACGAGUCAGAACUCCUCCCUCACCAUGCUGGAGCUGCUACAUGUGGCCAGAGACAUCGCCUUCGGCUGCCGCUACCUAGAAGAGAACCACUUCAUCCACAGAGAUAUAGCUGCCAGGAAUUGUUUGCUGACCUGCCCUGGACCAGACCGAGUGGCUAAGAUAGGAGACUUUGGAAUGGCGCGUGACAUAUACAGGGCCAGCUACUACAGAAAGGGUGGCCGUGCCAUGCUGCCCGUCAAGUGGAUGCCGCCAGAGGCCUUCAUGGAGGGCAUCUUCACCUGCAAGACUGACACCUGGUCGUUUGGUGUACUGCUCUGGGAGAUUUUCUCUCUAGGCUACAUGCCUUAUCCCUGCAAAACCAACCAGGAGGUUCUGGAGUUUGUGACAAGUGGGGGGAGGAUGAACCCCCCUAAGAGCUGUCCCGGGCCUGUGUACAGGAUCAUGACUCAGUGCUGGCAGCACUGCCCUGAACACAGACCCAAUUUCUCCACCAUUCUGGAGAGGAUCAACUACUGCACUCAGGACCCUGAUGUGAUCAACACGCCCCUGCCUGUGGAGUACGGUCCUACAGUGGAGGAGGAGUUGAGCACUGUGAUCCGCCCUGACACCCUAGGCAGUCUGACCCCUCUGCUGCUGGGCCACACUGCCUCCCAGGAGUUCUCUCCUCAAAUGAGCAGUCUGGGUCUGGGCCUGGGCAUGGGUCCCACGUCGCUGCCCCAGCCCCACAAUCCCUGUCUGCUGCGGCCCCAGCAGCUACCUCAGGAGGUAGCCUCCUACCGAGAGGCCCUGGAGCCCUGCUGGGCCGAGCCUGUUCCUGCUCCGGGUCCAGGUGUCUGCCCUGGAGCCUGGCUCCACCCCGAGCCCCUCAACUGGCCCUGCUCCAGGGACAGCUCCUUCUCAGGCAGCCAGAGGCUAAAAAACAAGACAAAGAACCUGUGGAACCCAACCUAUGGCUCCUGGGUGCUGGAGAGCUUUGGUCGGGGGAAGGCAGCACUAUCUCAUACCAAGUCCAUGCCCCUGUCCAGCAGCUACUCCGCCCCCCAGGCAGGUACCCCUACCUCUGACUGCACCGACUCUGGGUGCGAUGGCAGUAGCGGCAUCCCUGUCCCCAGCAGUCUGUGCUCCCCGUCCCCCUUCCCAGCCUGCCAGGCCCUCUCUGCUCCCCAGCCCCAGGGUGCGCCCAGCCUCAGCCUGGCGUCCUCCCGGAAGGGCCAAGCAGGGGGGGCCAGUGGAGGCCAGGCCCUGGGUAUGGACUUGGCUAAGCUGCAGAGCUUCCCCUGUGGCAAUGUCAACUAUGCCUACGAUGAGCAGAGCUAUGAGGCAGAGAGCCUGCCCCUGGUGGUGCCCAAAGGCCCAGAGCCAUGCCCCAGCACCAGUGCCAGCACCAGCUGUGCCCCCAGCACCUCUUUCUCCUCCUGCUUCUCCUCCUGCUCAGGGGCAGGCCUGGGUGCGGCCUCUUCCUGUAUGCCCAAACUGCUACUGAAGCGCCACGCCAGCUACGGACACGAGGAUGUGAGGAGACACACCAAGCCUGAGAAACCCACCCGGGACAGAGACUCAGGCUUCUCUCUGUCUGAGGACCUCAGUGUCACCCCUGUCUAACCCUGGCCCCUGGGGGAGCGGAGCAGAACACUGGAACAGACCCCACACCUCACUGGCCAUGCACAGGAACACACUAUUGUGUAGCUUUGGUAUUACUGAUGAUGCUUUGUAGUUAGUGUAGACGGUGAGAGAUUUAUAUGAAAGUCCACAGUAGCAAGAAAACACAACAGGUUAAAGACAGAAGGAGAUGCUGCUUUGCCAGGAGACAGGUAGCAUGUUCUAUUCCUGAGGUGGAAUGUGUCACAGCCCAAGAAGGCCGUCACUGUUACAAAAGCACAUCCAAGCCUCAGAGGAUUUAUAGGCCCUAGCUGGAGUCAUCUGCAAUGUCUGGCAUCCAUUCAAAUGUGCAGUGUCUCCUCUGGUUCGGGGAUUUUUUGUUAAUCCAUUCCUUUCUUUGUUUAUAACAUUACCUUGUAAGGUUUACACUGGAAUGAAUGACUGGAAUUGACUGCUAAAUCAAUACUGUGAAAACAUAUAGAAAGCUAUGGUUGCCUAUGCAGGUGAUGGACAAAGCAGAAAGGAGAUUUUAAGUAUGUGUGAACGUGCUGUGAUGGGUACUGAGUAGACCAGAGAGAGUGUAUGAACUUGUGAUCACAAUUAUAAUUACUUGUGCUAUCUACUGUUCUCUAUCUGGCUCAUAAGCAAAAGUUAAUCUCUUGUUUAGAAUUGUCAUAGUUAUUUUGUAGAUAGCAUUUACAUUUUAUUUAGUCAUUCCACACUUAUUUUCUUAAUACUUUAGUCUGUUCUACCGUAUUAUACGCGUUGUCUACUAAUACUUUACCCUCUCUAAAUGCAUUUCUUCUUAUAGUGACUGUUCUCACUCUUUAAUGAAGAGGGUUUUAGAGACACCAAGAGCAGAGAAUGUGAUAGUAGAAGCCCCUCUGUCAUUUGUCCAUCUUGUUCCAACACAGAACAUUUGAAUACAACUAACUUUCACCUUGGCUACACCAAAAGAUGAAAUGCUAUUAUUUGACAUUGGAAUUUAAACUGUACUAACUCAUUACAUUUGUAGCAGUUAUACUUAAUUUACAACGUGUUUUUGUAUAUGUUUAAGUGUCUUGUAGUUGAUCACUGCCAUUGGGUCUGCCAGAGCACUAGUUGGUGUUUGUGAUGUAGUACUCUACAGUACAUCUUACACUCAACAGGGGGCAGCACUCUCAUGAAAUACCAAACAGUUUGUGUGUGUUUUUCAUUGGAGGGCUUGCUUGCUGUUUACUUUUUGAUUUCUCAGUAUUUAUGACACAAGAUAACAUUUAUUAUUGUUAUGAGCUGUUAAAGCAGUACGGUUGCUGAUAUACAUGUAGGCUUUUUACUCUGGAAUAAAGCACACUGGUUACAAUAGUGGUAUGUCACGAUAAUGUUCCAUGAUGCACUGUAGCCACCUCAAAGUCUGACGAUAUUUCUGACUGUAGCCUAAAGGUGGACAAGUUUUGUCAUGCUCUUGACAACUUCACUAUUACUCAUGAUUUGUAAAUCUGCUGAGACCUUGAGGGGUGUUUCUUUUAGGAUCCAUAGGAGCCUAUAUAUUACAGUGAAGAAAACCCCCUAUCCUGAUUCUACCUGGUAAGGUAACAUUUCCUAAAAAAACGUUUGUCUGUGAAAACAAUUGCAUUUUAGUUCACAUGGUUUCCUUUGAAUAUUGUGUCAAGGCUUAAAUUCCACAGAUCUAAAGUUGAGUGCAUCUAAACAGAAGAACAAAGGCUAGAAACUAUGCAAUAUACUUGUUCUUGUAUACUUCUACCCCAAAUAAAUUAAAUAUUUCUCUC